AUGGAGAAAAUUCAUUCAGCUUUGAAUGAUGUUGGAUUGUGCGUCAUUGACAAUUUCUUACCAUACGAGGUAGCAAUGAAAGUUCAACAGGAAGCCUCCUAUAUAUAUUCCUGCCCGGGGAUGUGCUUUGAAGCGAUUAAUUCCUCGUGUAAAUUCAACAAGAAGAUUUACCGAAGCGAUCAAAUAUGCUGGUUGAAAGGCGAAGGAAAUGGUAAUAAGAACAUAAAGACGGUUAUCGAAGCCUUUGAUAACAUGAUGGCAGUGUUACAGAAAAGCUCCUUUCGUGGGAGUAAUAUUAUCAUAACUCACAAAUCUCACAUACAGUUUUCGUGCUAUCCUACUGGCAGUUUUGGUUAUAAAAAACACAUUGACAAUCCCAACAACAAUGGUAGGCUUUUAACAAUCGAAUAUUACUGCAACAAGAAUUAUAACAAAGAAACACAUGGUGGGAUAACACGAUUUUAUGUUGAACGAAAAUGCCAUUAUUAUGAUGUGGAGCCGGUUUUUAAUAGAACUGUUAUUCAUUGGUCGGAUGAGCGAAUAAAAAAAGAAACGCUCGCUUGCAAGGGAGACAUAUUCUCGUUAACAUCGUGGUAUUUUGGCUCCAUGCUCAAUGAUAUAGAAAAUGAACUUUGCACGAGAACAGAUGAGGUUGAUAUGUUAGACGAUAUUAUAAAUAGCGACAUUUACAAAAAUGACAUCUCCGUGUUUUCACGACAAGCUUCUCUUCGUAAAAAAAGAAGUUUAUGUAUUUAA